AUGAUCAUCUUCAAGGAUAUCUUCUCUGACGAUGAGCUUGUCUCUGACACCUUCAAUCUCAAGGAGGUCGAAGGUGUCCUCUUCGAGUGCGACUGCAAGAACAUUACGAAGAAGGCAAACGAAGACAUCCAGCUCGAGGGCGCCAACCCCUCUGCUGAGGGUGGUGACGAGGACGCUGGCGGUGAUGAUGGAACCAUUCAGGUCCUCGACAUUGUGGACCAGUUCCGUCUCCAGGAAUACCCCAAGAUGUCCAAGGAUGAUUACAAGAAAUACAUUAAGGGCAAGCCUCACAAGAUCACCCCAAAACAUAAGGUCCUCAACAAACUUGAGGAGAACAAGGCCUCCAAGGAGACGAUCGACGAGUUCAAGAAAGGUGCCCCUGCCGCCGUCAAGAAGAUCGUUGCCAACUGCGGCAACUACGAUUUCUUCGUUGGUGAAUCCUUUGAUGCUGAGGCUAUGCUUGUCCUUAUUGACUACCGCGAGGACGGUGUCACCCCCUACGCCACUCUCUGGAAGCACGGCCUUAAGGAGAUGAAGGUCUAG